UUUUUCUAUUUUGUUCGCAGGGGGCUUCCCUGCUAGUUUAACCUAAUCCGGAAGAAAUGACGGGAGAGGCACUGUUCAUUAUCUUCUCCGCUUGAACCAGCGGCGGAGUAGCGAAGAUCUCCUUCCUCCCUCGGUUUCACCUUUCUCUCUCUUUUUCUCCCUCUCUCUCAGUCUUCCUCCUCUUCCCCUUCUUCUUCUUCAUCUUCCACCGAACCUAUUCUUGGAGACGACGACCCUGUGCAUUUCCUUCCUCCGCCAGGCCCAGAAGCACAGCGGCGGUGAUAAGGAAUCCUUCCCACCAUCAAAUCUCCCCUUCUUUCUUCUUCUGUUUUUAUCUGUUUCGAAAGCACUGUUUAUCGUCAUUAUUCAUCGUCUUCCGUUGAACAGCGGCAGCGAACGAACCCCCCUCCGAUUGCUCCUUCUCGCUCUAAAAAUUACAGAGCAAGUUUUGUUCGGACAGAGCACCCGUGCAGCACCGAUUCCAACUUCGCUAGACAAAUUGGGUUUCACUGAAGCCCAGAAGUAGAUCGUUCUCCAUCCCCGCCGAGGUAUUCAGCUACUUCGUUCUCCGACCACGUUUUGGGAGCAAGUGCGAGUAGGUAUUCAUGUAAUCCGGGUCAUCAGUUUCCUUAGUCUGUACAUACUAAUUUUUAGCAUUCCAAGUGGGCCCCGCCUUUGGACUUGGGAGAGAGGUGCCUAACCCAUCCGAGUCUAACCCGGACUGGUUUAGCCAGUGCCUAGGCUUUGGAGUCGCUAUUAAACCAAACAUGCUUUCUGAUGUUGAUCUCGGAGGUCCCAUCACCUCCAUUUCCUAAUCUGAUGGGUGGCGACUCCGUGUCUGCCCAGGUGGCAAGUGAGCCUGGUUUUCCGAUGCUCACAUACCCCUACUUACAGGAAUAAAAAAUGAACAAAGGAGUUGGAGUCGGAGUAGGAGGGGGUGUGGGAGUUGGUCUUGGAGGUGCUGGCAGUGGACCGACUGCAGCAGCUGCAGCAGCUGCAGCUCAGAAGCAGAAGACUUUGUUGCAGAGGGUUGACACUGACAUUACCAACAUUGUUGAUAAUUUUAGUCACUUGGUUAAUGUUGCUCGGGUCAAUGAUCCACCAGUCAAGAAUUCUCAAGAAGCAUUCAUGAUGGAGAUGCGUGCAGCCAGAAUGGUUCAGGCAGCAGAUUCGCUUCUUAAGCUGGUAUCGGAGCUCAAACAGACAGCCAUAUUUUCAGGAUUUGCAUCCCUUAAUGAGCAUGUUGAGCAACGGAUUACUGAGUUUAACCAACAGGCAGAAAAAACAGACCGCUUGUUGGCCCAAAUUGGAGAGGAGGCAGCUGCUAGCUUAAAAGAACUUGAAUCUCAUUACUACACUUCUAUUCAGAGAACCGAUCAACUAGAACCAUGAGUUAGAAAAGAAUACCAGUUACCCUUUUUUUCCUUUAGAUGAAAAAUGGAAUAUGGUUUUUAAUGUGUUUUUUAAUGUUUUUGUGUUCUCUUGUAA